AUGCAGAUGGAAACAGUUAAUUAUGGUGAAGCGGCCCAUUGGAAUGAUAAUGAAUAUAUACAAUCACCAUCAGUAACUAAUUUAAGAGUGAGUAGAUUUCGACGUAUCACUUCAAUGACAUGUUUAUUCAAUAUAAUUAUAACAAUCGCUUUCAUUUUAAUGACUGUGAUUGUUAUCAUAUUUGCUUUAUCAUACUUUGGAAUAUGGUUUAAUAAUUCACAGCCAAAUGUUGUAAAUAUUUUCUGUGGACAAAUUAAAGGUGUUCAAAAGGAUGACUAUACAAUAAGUUAUUUAGGAAUACCAUAUGCUUUACCACCAAUUAACGAGAAUCGUUUCAAACCUCCCAUUCAUUUAUCCUCAAAAAAAUUAUGUCAUAAAGCUUGGGAACUAAGUAACACUACAGUGAUAAACUCGAUUUAUUACACACAACACUACAAACCUUCAUGUUUACAAUUACUACCGAAAUCUUCGCACAAUGCAUUUGAUGGUAGUGAAAAUUGUCUUUACCUAAAUAUACAUGUACCAAUUAAUAAAAAGUCGAUAAACCAAGCAAAACCUGUAAUUAUUAUAAUAGAUGGAUUAUUUUUUAUGUACAGUAAUGAACCAAAACAGCCUAGCUCAGAUACUGUAUAUAAAACUGAUGCUAUACAUGUAACAUUUAAUUAUCGAAUUGGUCCAUUUGGAUUUUUACCUCAUCCAUAUGAAAAAAUACCUAAUCUUGGAUUACAUGAUCAAUUAUUAGUUUUACAAUGGAUUCGUAACAAUAUUGCACAAUUUGGAGGUGAUCCCUUAAAUGUAAUUUUAUUUGGUUAUGGUUCUGGUGCAACUUGUGCAUUAACAUUAUUUUAUAGUUCAAUUAGUAAUCAAUUAUUUGAUAAAUUAUGGAUUACUGCACCUGGUUUAAGUUUAUUAAAUGUAUCAGUAAAUGAUGUUAUUCAAACAAUUAAUUCUGCAUUAAAUUGUCAAGAUGAUAGAAAUCCUAAUAAUUGUUCUAAUUAUAAAUUAAAUAAUUCAAUAAAUAUAUUAAAUCUAUGGAAUUGGACUAUAGUUGAACAAUGGUUAAUGAAUUCAAUAUUUAGUUUACCUUCUAUUCAUGAAUUAAAUAAUAUUAAAACAAAUAGAUUUAUCAAUAUUUUAAUUAAUGAUAAUCAAUUUGUAAAUAUUGAUUUAUGGAAUAAAAUUCUUAUACCAAAUAGUAUUAAACCAAUGGUUAUUGGACAAACAUCACAUGAAGUAUCUAUUUAUCCUACACCUAAAACAAUACCAUUUUGGAAUAAAAAUAUUUAUCAAAAUUAUAUAAUUGAAAAAUUAAAAUUAAAUAAUAUUACAUUAUAUGAUCAAUAUAUUGAUUAUUUUCUAUCAAAUCAUUUUAAUAAUAUAAAUUGUACACAUACGAAUAAUAUGAUAGAAAAUAAGACAAUAUAUAAAGAUAAUGAUUUAGUAUCUAAUUUAAUGUUAUUAAUUACUGAUAGUCGAUUAACAUGUCCAUUAACUGAAUUAGUUAAUACAUUUAUAAAUCAAUAUUAUCCAAUAUAUCAAUAUUAUUUAACUGGUAAUCAUAGAUGUUUUGAUCCAUAUUCAUUAAAUGGAUAUGUAUCUUAUUCAUUUCAUGGUUGGGAUGCAAUGUUAUAUUUAAGAACAUAUGAAAUACAUCAUGAUUUUACAGAUCCAAGUUUAUUACAAUUGUACGAUUCAUAUAGUAAUGAAAAAGAAUUAAAUAGAUUAAGAAAAAUUAGUGAUUUACUUAAUAAAGCAAUGUAUGAAUUUUCAAGAACUGGUUAUAUAACUAAUUGGUAUGAAUCAAAAAAAGGUAAAUAUAAUGUUAAUUUAAUUGAAAAUGAUAAAUUAUGUAAAUAUGUAAAUAUCAUGAAAAAACGUUGUGAUUAUUGGAAAUUAUUAUUUAAUAAUAAUUUAUUUAAAUCAACAUGGAAAUUUUAA